CUGCAUCAAAACUCACGCAGCUGUUCCCUCCCCAUCUCAUUCUCGGUCUCAUUCUAAACCACCGCGUACCGUCUUUCCGUUUCUCGUCUUCCUCCUCCUCCUCCUCGUCUCGGAGAUCUCCUCGCCAUGGCGACGAGGAACCGUACGCCCAUCUACAGGAAGUACCGCGACGCCCUCCGCAACGUACGGGUCCCUUCCCCUUCCUCCCACUCCGGCCCGUCGACCUCCUACUCCGGGGGCGGACCGGUGAUCGAGCUCGUGAGCGCCUCGCUUCACCGCCCCGAUCGGUCCUACGCUCCUCUCAGCACGGAAGAUCCCGGUGGUUCGAGUACAGGUGCAACUAUGGUUGGUUUACCUCCAGCUUGGGUGGAUGUUUCUGAAGAAAUAGCUGCAAACAUGCAAUGUGCUCGGACAAAAAUGUCAGAGUUAGUUAAGGCCCAUGCAAAAUCCUUAAUGCCUUCCUUUGGAGAUGGUAAGGAGGAUCAACAUGUCAUUGAGCUUCUUACUCAUGAAAUAACUGAUCUAUUGAAGAGAUCAGAAAAGAGACUGCAGAAACUUUCUUCUGGUGACCCUACUGAAGAUUCAAAUGUCCGGAAAAAUGUUCAGCGGUCUCUUGCAACUGACCUCCAAAACCUUUCAAUGGAGUUCCGAAAGAAACAGUCUUUUUAUUUAAAGCGUCUUCGGCAGCAGCAGGAGGGGCAAGAUGGUGUUGAUUUGGAAAUGAAUCGCAAUGGGAUCAGACAUGAGAUGGAAGAUGACUUUCAUAAUGUGGGUUUUGAUGAGGUUCAAUUGUCUACACUAAAGAGAAGUGAGGCAUUCACAAGAGAGAGGGAGAGGGAGAUUGUACAGGUUGUAGAAUCAGUGAAUGAGCUUGCUCAGAUCAUGAAGGAUCUCUCAGUCCUUGUGAUAGAUCAGGGAACCAUAGUUGACCGGAUCGAUUACAAUGUACAGAAUGUUGCAAGUUCAGUAGAAGAGGGCCGUAAACAGUUAGAGAAGGCGGAGCGAACACAGAGGAAAGGUGGAAUGGUCAUGUGUGCUACCGUGCUCGUUAUAUUGUGUUUCAUCAUGCUUGUCCUCCUCGUCCUAAAAACCAUACUAUUCUAAAUCAGUUUUCAGUCAACACACGGAUUCAGAUGGCAUCUCUUGAGCACCAGCCUCCCCCUCGGAACACUUUUGGUCGUUUAUGUCCAGAGGAUCCUAUAGGAGAUUCUCAUUCGACCGGUUUGUAUCAUGUCCAUGAAGUGAAUUAAUUACGCUGGUUUUUGCUACAUGAUAGACGUAGGAUUGGUUAUAGUCCGAGGGAACAAUUUUCUGAAUAGUAGUACCUCUUGGGAUAUUCUAUAGAGAGAAGGCUCAGGUUGGUGCUUCCUGUUAGCGUCUUGCUCCCAGUUCUGAGACCUUGAAGAAGAAAAUUCUGUAAAGAUUCAUUCGAGUA